AUGUACUUUUCCACACCGCUCUACGAGUUUGCGAUGAACUGCGGCAACAUUGUGCAUCCAGCAAGAUCUGCAAAUGGUACAGCACAUUGCAACCAACGAUUUGUUAUCCGGACGGAUCCAAAGAACGAUGACUAUGAGCUGGCAGAAGGUCUUCGCAGAAAAGUGGAAGUCUGGGAUAGUCAAGACUCGGAGACUCUUGAGCUUGUCGAUCCUGAGACUCGGAGACGGAUGGAUACAGAUCCAAUGUUUCGAGUUGAGAAAACUUUGCGCGACCGGCAGAAAGAGAAAAGCAACAAGGAAAGGCUUGCAGAUUUGCAGGAUUUGCAAGCAGACCGUGAGGAUGCGUAUGGUUGGAACUGUGUCCUGCGAAAAUCAAAUCGCCUUCGCAGAAAGGAAGAAAAAAGGAAAGAGGAGGAAGAAAGGCGCAAGGGCAAGCCAAACUUUGUGGUGCCGUUGGCCCCUCCGGACGAUGAGGAUAUGCAGAAGGCGCAGCAAGUCGCAUUCUUGACAGAUCAUGACAAGAUUGAAGUGGCAGUCAGGCGCUCUACUUUGCGAGCGCGACCGGUGCUCAAACCAGCCGAUGACAAUGCAGCUGCGAUCGCUGGCCUUGUGGCCAAGCGGAAGAGACUGCAGCAACACUCGAGAAUGGUACGUGCUCGUGUGAGAUAG